AUGGCUGUGACCCUGGGCUGUGCUAUCCAGGCCUCCUUGAAUCACGGUUCUGUGUUUAAAGAGUACGAUACUGAGUCUGAAGUCUUCCGUCAAAGCUUCAGGCAAUUCCAAUAUCGACAGGCGUCCGGGCCUCGUGAAGCUUUCAACAACCUCUGGGAGCUCUGUUCUCAGUGGUUGAAGCCGGCAGUGCGUUCUAAGGAAGAAAUCUUGGAGCAGCUAGUGUUUGAGCAAUUCCUCAGUAUUCUGCCUACGGAGAUAGAGACCUGGGUGAGACUCUACCGCCCAGAGAAUAGAGAAAAGGUUCUGUCACUGGUAGAAGAAUUACAGAAAGAGUUAGAGGGACCAGUGCAGCAGGUGAGAAAAGAUGGUGGGUUCUCUGUCAUUAGGAAAAUAGUAGCAGAAGUAGCUGGGACUAUUUCAGAUGUUUGGUCUCAAGUCCUUUUCACUUUUUUCUUCUGCUGA